AUGGAUCCUAGUACUCAACUCCUUUUCAAUGAAUUGGAGCUGUUCCUCAACUCCAACCAAAGCUGUAUUAGCUGCAUGAUCAUCAUGAAUAGGAGGACUGUCAAGGAAAUUUUCCCCGUAAUUGCGAUAGAAUUUCUUAAUGAGUGGCUGCUCCGUUUAAUGGUUUUACUCAGCCUCCUCUUGCAAUUUGAUCUCAUCCUCCUGGGCAGCAGGAGAAAAUAUAAACCCGCAAUAUGGCUUAGAUUCUUGAUUUGGUUAGUUUACGAACCCAAAGAUGCGAUACUUGAUAUUGUUAUUGGCAUACUCUUCAACUGCCAAGGAAACAAUAUGAUAAAGGCAUUUUGGCUAAUACUUCUGCUACAGCACCUUGGAGGCCCGGACACCAUCACAGCCUAUUCUUUGGAAGACAAUGAACACUGGAAAAGACACUCGAUUCAGCUACUCCUGAAGUUUUUGUGGGCAUUGGGCAUCCUUUUAAGGUCCUGGAACGGCAGACCACUCAAUGUUCUAGGCAUGCCAAUGUUUGUGACAGGACUGAUCAAAUAUGGGGAGAAAACUUGGUUUCAAAGGUCCGGCAGCAACGAUCACUUCAGAAAUUCCACGAAUCCUCAUCCAGAUGCAGGGCCCACUGACCUGUCGCACCAGUACUUGCCCCCCACCCAACGGACCAGGUGCCACCGGUCCCCCCGGGUCGGGGGCUGUGCUUGUGCCACAUUCAGGGCAGGGUGUAAUGGGCUUUGUUGUGCCGCAUUCAUGGCAGAGUAUGAUGGGGUCGGUUAUGCCGCAUUCAUGACAGAGUGUGAUUGCAAGAAAGCUGAGGGAUAUUGUGUUUCAUGCCAGCCAGAAAGUGAAAAAUCUGAGGUGGUGAAUAUACCUUCGCCAGACCCCAGAAAUGAAAGUAUCCUAGCUGCAGCCCCUUUGCAAAAGGCUAAUGAAUUCUUCCCCAAGUUCAAGCGUUUAUUUACAGAUGUCGUCCUUGAGCCGACAGAUCUUGAACCAAGCAAGUUGUUCUUCAAGAAUAUAUCUUGGACAGAAGCUUUCGAAGUGAUUGAGAUUGAGCUUGGAUUCAUGUAUGACAUCUUCUAUACCAAGCCAAUGGUGGCUUAUGAUGAAUGGGGUUUGAUACGCCGUUUCAUCUGUCUAUUUUCAGCAAUCUCAACAAUCAUGGGCUUCUUGAUAAUUGACAAGCACGAGUACUCAACCAUUGACGUGAUUAUAACAUGGUUGUUGCUGGCUGGAGCAAUUGUUCAGGAGAUCUAUUCUAUUAUUCUACUGUGUUCCUCUGACUGGACCAUCAGUUGGUUGAACAAACAAGAAAAAACACGAGUGACUUUGAUCUGUGAAGCCAUAUCUAGGUUCCGACUACCUUAUCUAUUCCCUGGAAACGACAGAUGGUCUGAUUCCAUGGCACAAUACAGUCUACUAAGUUACAGCCUCAAAAAAUUGCCUACCAAGUUCAGCGAGCUUCUCCUUCAGCAACUAGAAAUAGAGGAUGAAGAUGGCAGCCAUGACUAUGGUGGUCUUGGCUUGACGGACCGUGGGAGCUUUAAUGUCAAUGGAUGGCGACUCAUCGUCGCCGACGUCGAGACUAAACAAGAUUCCUUCUCUAGCUCCGACGACCCUCGACCAUGA